AUGCGGGCUUUUGUUUUCGCCGCCCUGCCCGCGUUCGCUGCGGGAUUCGGUUCGGUGGCGAAGGCCGAGUGCGCAGAGGUUGCGCCCGCUUUGUGGGCCCAGAUUGACUUUGAGGAGUACACGCGCGCGACGUGGUAUUCGCAGGCGCAGGAGCCAAACUCGUACCAGACGGUCGAUGAGCUCUUCUGCAUCACUGCCACGUACAAGCUUGAGGGACUUCAGGUGCCCGGUGGUGGCGCGGGUCCGCCGGCGGGCGUGAUGGCUGGCCUUCCGCCGGCGGGCGCUCCUGGUGGGCCCUCCUGGGACGGCCUCGUCAUCUCCGUGUACAACCAGGCGAACCAGGGGGCGGUGAACGGGCCGAUCGCCAACCCACUGACGAUGCCGAACG